GAGGAGUAGACCUGGAUCACGCCGAGCCCGGGUGCUACGUGAGGAUCUUGGAGACGAGCCUGUGCGCCAACCAGAAGCUGGCCGAGACGUACAGGGACUGGGCCCUCGAGGAGGACCCCGCGUCGAGGACCGCCGUCGGGUGCCGGGCCGUCGGGAGCCGGCUGGACCUCAAGUGCGGCCUCGGCUUCGGCAGCGUGCUGACCACCCUCAAGAAGGGGCCUCGCCAGGUCGAGGUCACGCCCGCCGACGAGAGGGCCCGGGGGAAGAGGGCAGCGCAGGACGCGAAGGCCCUGCUGAUGGCCGAGGCCGCGCGGAACGCGGAGGCGGAGGCCAGGUGGCGAGCGGAGGGGGAGGCGCAGGUGCAGAGGCAGGCGGAGGACCGGGAGUCGGAGCUGCGGAGGCGCGGCCAGGAGCUGGAGCAGAUGCGGGCGGAAGAGGCGGUGAACGCGGAGAGCAGGAAGAGGCAGGACGCCAAGAGGCAGGAGGAGAGGGAGGCGCGGGCGCGGAGGGAGACCGACAAGCAGCUCGACGCGGAGCUAGAGGCGGACGCCAGGAGAGCAGCGCAGGCGGAAUUCGAGGUCCGGAGGGCCAAGUACGAGGCGCAGAAGGCCCACGUCAAGGCUCAGGCUGUCUACGCCGCGGUGCACACUCAGAGGGCCCAGGCCGAGGCGAAGUAG